CUCUUUGAUCUUUUGUCUUAUUUUUCAUAUUUUUCUAACCUUUACUUGAAGUUCUUCUGAUUAUCUCACACGUUAUCAGGUGGAAGAGAAACCAGAGAGUGGUCAAGGGAAAACAAGCUUCAGACGCUUCUUUUCUAGAUUUUGUACACUAAUUUUUUUGGAGUUAUAUUUCCAGCACUGCCACUCAUUUAGAAUCAUUUCUCUAGUUACUUUUUCAAAUAAAAUAGUUAAAUAAUGUUUGUUCUUAGCUAAGAAUUGAACCUUGAAUAAAAUGAAUGUAUGAUUUUCAAUGGUAAAUUGGUAAUUUAUUGAUUGGACCCUUGAAUCCGUGUUUAAUUUUAAGUGUUUUUGUUUUCAUCAUGCAGUCAUUUAUUUUAAUGUUUCUGGCAGAGUGGGGUGACCGUAGCCAGAUUGCAACAAUUGCUCUGGCAACACAUAAAAAUGCAGUCGGAGUGAUAGGACAUACCAUCUGUACUUCGUUAGCCGUGGUAGGUGGAAGCAUGUUAGCCUCCAAGAUCUCACAACAAACUGUUGCUACAAUUGGCGGCUUGCUCUUCCUUGGCUUUUCUCUGUCAUCAUAUUUUUACCCCCCCUCUAUGAUUAUGAUAUUAUCGAUAACCUGAUUCUUUACAGAGCAUCACAAUGCCGUUCACUUCAAUUUUCCCACUAUUUUUUUAUGAGAAUUUCUUUUGUUUUUUGUUUUUAUUUUUUUAUUUUUGGUUGGUGUACUCCCAUUAGGUGUCGGAUACAGAAAUGAGAAACAGAAUGGAAAGAUUUGUUGUUCUUCCAUUCUCAGUUGGUUGUGUCUCAGCAUCUAGUGUGGCUGUGGCUGUUCAGGAGCAACCUAGAAGAUCUAAAACGGAUGCAAAAUCUGUUCAAGGGGGUAGAGAGGAAGACGAAGAAAGCUUGCCGGAUGAAAGCAUGAAGUAUUCAUUGAAGUUCCUGCCUCUUCCCAAGGCUGAUAUAACAACGAGGUUUCAUAGGAUGUUCAAGACUUUCAAAACAAUCUCUCAAUUAUUCGCAUACAAGGAAGAGAUGGAAGAGACUGAGGAAGCAGAUAUGGAAAUAGGGUUCCCAACGGAUGUAAAGCAUGUGACACACAUAGGAUGUGAUAGUUCAGUAUCUACAUCCACCGGCAGCUGGGAAAAUCUCCACCUCUCCCCUGAAUCGCUCGCUCUACCCUCUCUUCCACUGGGGCAAUAUGAUCACCUCCACAUGCUCACACAACGUGAUCAUCAUUCACCCAAUCUUCUCAAGGGUUCUACCUAGAAAAGUUAUAUUUAUGUGUGUAUUACGACAUGGGAAUAUUUGUCCCUCUUUUUGAUCUUGUACCUAUUAGCCAAGUUAAUUUCUUCUUCCCCCUUUUUUAUUCCACUACUUGUUUGUCCUUGAUUUUGAACCGAGUUACAUGAAGCAGUAUGGUUUGGAAAUGUUAGUAAACCAAAUUCAUUUAGAGCAUUUUCACUUAUUUUCUCUCUUCUAGCCUUGACUAGUAUCUUUUUUAGUUAGUAUGACUAGAAAAGACAUAUAUGUAAUAGAAUUAUGUGUCAUUU